CAUGGCUUCCAAUAAUGUUGGAGAAAAUUACAAGUUUGAAACAAAAAAGUUUAGUCUUCCAGUAGAUACAGAAAACAAGGCCACAAUUUUCCCAUUGUUUUCAAUUGAAAAGCCUCAUAUGGUAGCAUUUCAUCUGAGUUGGUUUCAAUAUUUCACUUGUUUUUUAUCCACUUUCGCAGCUCCGCCCCUGUUGCCAAUAAUCCGUGAUAACCUUAAUCUUACAGCCAGUGACAUUGGUAAUGCAGGAAUUGCAUCUGUUUCCGGGGCGAUUUUUGCCCGUCUUGCCUUAGGUUUUGCCUGUGACAUGACAGGUCCUCGCCUCGCCUCUGCAGUCACCUGUUUACUCACUGUACCUGCUGUUUACCUCUCUGCAAUGGCUAGCACACCUGUUAGUUACUUCCUGAUGCGGUUUUUCACCGGAUUUUCACUAGCCACUUUUGUGUCUACACAAUAUUGGAUGAGCUGUAUGUUCUCCCCUAGAGUAGUUGGUAUAGCUAAUGGGCAGUCGGGUGGAUGGGGAAACCUUGGCGGAGGGGUAGCUAACCUUGUUAUGCCACUUCUUUACAGUUUAAUCCUCAAGUGUACUGGACCUGAAACAGCAUUCACAGCCUGGAGGAUUGCAUUCUUCAUACCGGCUUUCUUUCAGAUGUUUUCGACGUUUGCUGUAAUGCUGUUAGGCCAAGACCUUCCUGAUGGAAAUUUUCUUCGCCUUCAGAAAUCUGGUGAAAUGCAUAAGGACAAUGCUAAGAAGGUUAUAUAUCAUGCAGUCACCAAUUAUAGGAGUUACAUCACUGCUAUAGGAUAUGGAUUCUGUUUCGGAGUUGAGCUAGCCGUAACAAAUGUCAUUGUUUUCUACUUUUAUGACCGAUUCAAUCUAAACCUUAACCUUGCAGGAAUUGUUGGUGCCCUCUUUGGCCUUGUUAACAUUUUCUCUAGGUCAUGUGGUGGAUUGUUCUCCGACUUCAUGGCGAAAAAGUAUGGAAUGAGAGGUAGAUUGUGGGGGUGGUGGGGUGUUCAGACACUAAGUGGUGUAAUGUGCAUUAUUAUGGGACGCCUUGACACUUUAAGCGGUACCAUUGCAGUCAUGUUGAUCUUUUGCUUUCUUGUUCAAGCUUCCGAAGGACUCACAUUCGGGGUUGUUCCUUUUGUCUCAAGAAGAUCUUUGGGGUUAGUUUCGGGCAUAUCAGGAGCAGGUGGAAACGCGGGUGCAGUAAUAUGUCAAGCAAUUUUCUUUAGAGGUUCACAAUUCAAAAUAGAAGAUGGAAUAACAUACAUGGGUAUUAUAAUCAUUGUUACUACCCUUAGCUUAGCAUCCAUAUAUUUCCCACAAUGGGGCGGUAUGUUGGUCGGUCCAAAAAAAGGUGUUACAGAAGAAGACUACUACAUGAAGGAAUGGGAUGCAGAUGAGCAGGCAAAAGGCCUUCAUAAAGUAAGCAUGAAAUUCGCCGAAGGCAGCAGGAAUGAGAGAAGUUCUACAGCAAAACAUUAUGUAUCAGAAGAAGAUGGUAGCACUCGACGGGGCACACGGCCAGCCAAUGUCUAAUAAGCUCCAGCAAUUUUCUACCUCUUGAUUGGCUAUCUGUUUGUAAUACAUGAUUUUUUGUUAACUUCUUGAGAAUUUGUGCCUAUGGAAUAACAAAUAUACUUCUAAGUCUUAGUUAAAUUGGUGUAAAAGAUGAUCGGAUGCAUAAAUCAAGAUUGUCUUUCAAAUAAAUUGAAAAAAUGUGAACUGAAAAUGUGUAACAACUGAAAUAUAGGAUAAAUUAAAAUUACUAAUUAAAGAUAAAUUAAAAAACAAACAA